AAUUACAGGUGUGCACCACCACACCCGGCCACCCUUGGACUUUUUGCAGGUUUUUUGUUGUUGUUGUUGUUGUUUGCAUGUGUGUGCGUGAACAUUUACUCCUGUGAAUGUCUCAAACUUUUCUUUUGUGGUCCCUGGAUUUACAAAUUGUGCUUAAGAAAACCUUAUUCAGAGGCUACUUAUAAAUGCAUUUGUGUUUUCCGCUGAUACAAAGCAAACUUAUUCACUGGGAGAAAAGUAAGGGGCGGGGUGGGGGGACCCUGAACCCCAAAGCACCGUCUCUUGCUUGGUGAUGAACUUGACUCUGAGCUCUCUCACCUGGUGUCCUCCUCUGUUAGCCCAUCCCAGACGGACCUGGACACACGGUGGCCUCUGGCCCGGGACAGACCCGCCAUGGCCGCCCUCACCCACCUGCUGGUCUGCGUCUUCGGCAUGGGCUCCUGGGUGGCCAUCAAUGGGCUCUGGGUGGAGCUGCCCCUGCUGGUGACGGAGCUGCCCGAGGGCUGGUACCUGCCCUCCUACCUCACGGUGGUCAUCCAGCUGGCCAAUGUCGGCCCCCUGCUGGUCACCCUGCUGCACCACUUCCGGCCCGGCUGCCUUCUUGAGGUGCCCGUGGUCUUCGCUGUGCUGGUUGUGGGCACCAUCGCCUGCGUCCUCUUCGCCUUCCUCUGGAACAUGACCUCCUGGGUGCUGGGCGGCCAGCACAGCGUCGCCUUCAUCGUCCUCACCUUCCUCCUGGCCCUGGUGGACUGCACCUCCUCCGUCACCUUCCUGCCCUUCAUGAGCCGGCUGCCCACCCACUACCUCACCACCUUCUUUGUGGGCGAAGGGUUCAGUGGCCUCCUGCCUGCGCUGGUGGCUCUUGCCCAGGGCUCCGGCAUCACCUCCUGGAGUCCGUGGUGCUUCCCUAGCUGGGAGGCUGGGCCCUGCCGUGAAUGCUCAGGGUGUCCCGGCUCUCAGGAGCCUCUCCGUCCCAUUGAGCUGGGGAGCCUGCAACUUCCCCCUGGUCCUAACCUUGAACUCUGGAGGUGCCGGUCAUUCCACAUGGUCCCCAGGAGCCGAGGGGCAAGGUCAGGCUGCUCGGCUCCCCCGCUCACCUCCCCACUCUGCCCUAGGUCUCUGCCCUUCCUGGGGGUCCUCACAGUGCUGGGGACCGGCUUCGGGGCCUACAACAUGGCCAUGGCUGCCAUGAGCCCCUGCCCGCUCCUGCAGGGCCACUGGGGCGGGGAAGUCCUCAUCGUGCUCUCCUGGGUGCUGUACACGGCCCUUCUCAGCUACGUCAAGGUCAUGCUGGGUGUGAUCCUGCGCGACCGGAGCCGCAGCGCCCUCUUGUGGUGCGGGGCGGCGGUGCAGCUGGGCUCGCUGCUCGGGGCGCUGCUCAUGUUCCCGCUGGUCAACGUGCUGAGGCUCUUCUCCUCAGCGGACUUCUGCAGCCUGGACUGCUCUGCCUAGGCCGUCGCGGGUGGCGGGCCCAUGGCAGGGUGCCAGCCGCUCCUGAGACUUGCAAACUGGGCUUCAGACAGCCAAAGGGAGCGCCCAAGGGCACAGAGCCAGGGGUGGGGAGCUGGGAGGCAGAGGCUGAG